GGAGCGCGCCCGUGGGUUUGCACGCGGGCGGGAGCGCGCGUGGGGAGGCGCGUAGGAGCGCGCGGGGGCGCGCGUGUCGGCGAGAGCGCGCACACGCGGAUGCGCGGCGGUGUUUGAGUGUGCGGGGGGUGUGUGGGUCCGUACACGCGCGUGAAGGCGCUCGGGCGGUUUGCACGCGUGGAUGCUCGCGCGCGCGUGCACGCGCGGGAGAUGCGCGUGCACGAGCCGUGCCCGCGCGUGUGAGCUCACGUCUGCUGCCCCCCCCCCGUUUCCCCCCUUUUUCCCCGGGGCGUGCAAAGCGGCCGCAGCGUGCCCGGUGCACACGCGUGUGCAAGGCGGGGGGCGCGGGCCCCACGCGGGGCCGGGGGGUGCGGGGGGGCGGCGGUACCCGGAUCUGGGGCGGGGGAGCGCGGCCCCGCAGCCAUGAACCCGUCCGGGCCCGGCUCCGGCCCGCCCGCCCUCGCCCCCCCGGCACCCCCAGCCAUGCAGCAGGUCCUGGACAACCUGAUGGGGCUCCCGGGGACCCCGGGGGUGGCGGACCUCGACCUCAUCUUCCUCCGCGGCAUCAUGGAGAGCCCCAUCGUCCGCUCCCUGGCCAAGGCCCACGAACGGCUGGAGGAGCGCAAGCUGGAGGCGGUGCGCGGGGACAACCUGGCGCUGGUGCAGGAGAUCCUGCGCGACAUCGGGCGCCUGGCGCGGCCCGAGGCGCAGGGAGCGGCGGCGGAGCUGGCGCGGAUCCUGCGGGAGCCGCACUUCCAGUCGCUGCUGGAGACCCACGACUCGGUGGCUGCCAAGAGUUACGAGCCCCCCCCGAGCAGCCCCGGCCCGGAGGCGUCGCUGGGGUCGCAGCCGGUGCCCCCCGACGCCGUGCGCAUGGUGGGCAUCCGCAAGGCGGCCGGGGAGAACCUGGGGGUGACGUUCCGCGUGGAGCGGGGGGAGCUGGUGAUCGCCCGCAUCCUGCACGGGGGGAUGGUGGCGCAGCAGGGGCUGCUGCACGUGGGGGACGUGAUCCGCGAGGUGAACGGGCGCGAGGUGGGCAGCGACCCGCGGGCGCUGCAGGACAGCCUGCGCCACGCCAGCGGCAGCGUCGUGCUCAAGAUCCUGCCCAGCUACCAGGAGCCACACCCGCCCCGACAGGUGUUUGUCAAGUGUCACUUCGACUACGACCCGGCCACCGACAGCCUGAUCCCCUGCAAGGAGGCCGGGCUCAAGUUCAUGGCCGGGGAUUUGCUGCAGAUCGUCAACCAGGAUGACCCCAACUGGUGGCAGGCGUGCCACGUGGAGGGCGGCAGCGCGGGGCUGGUGCCCAGCCAGCUGCUGGAGGAGAAGCGCAAGGCGUUCGUCAAGCGGGACGGGGAGGUGGCGCCCUCGGCAGGGGCCCUGUGUGGCAGCCUCAGCGGGAAGAGGAAGAAGAGGAUGAUGUACCUGACGACGAAGAAUGCCGAGUUCGACCGGCACGAGCUGCUGAUCUACGAGGAGGUGGCGCGGAUGCCGCCGUUCCGCCGGAAAACGCUGGUGCUGAUCGGGGCGCAGGGCGUGGGGCGCCGCAGCCUCAAGAACAAACUGAUCAUGUCUGACCAGGCGCGCUACGGCACCACCAUCCCCUACACGUCCCGGAAGCCGAAGGACAGCGAGCGGGACGGGCAGGGCUAUCGCUUCGUGUCGCGGGGCGAGAUGGAGGCGGACAUCAAGGCGGGCCGGUACCUGGAGCACGGCGAGUACGAGGGGAACCUCUACGGCACCAGGAUCGACUCCAUCCGCGCCGUGGUGGACGCGGGCAAGAUGUGCAUCCUGGACGUCAACCCGCAGGCCGUGAAGGUGCUGAGGACGGCGGAGUUCGUGCCCUACGUGGUGUUCAUCGAGGCGCCCACGCCCGAGAGGCUGCGAGCCAUGAACAGGGCGGCCCUGGAGAGCGGCGUGGCCACCAAACAGCUCACGGAGGCGGACGCCCAGCGCACGGUGGAGGAGAGCAGCCGCAUCCAGCGCGGCUACGGGCACUACUUCGACCUGAGCCUGACCAACGAUGACCUGGAGCGCACCUUCGGGCGCCUGCGCGAGGCCAUGGAGCUCCUGCGCGUGCAGCCCCAGUGGGUGCCCGUCACCUGGGUCUAUUAGGGACCCCCGGACCCCUCAGCCCCGCCCGGGAGGGCUGGGGGGGGGGCUGUGUCUCACGAUGAGCUCGCAGGGGAUGGGGGGCUCUCUGCUCUGCCCAGCCCGACCCCUCUGUGCCACCCCCGGUGUGCCCCAAAUCUGGGGUCCCAUGGGGGGCACAGCCCCCCCACAGCUGAGUCACUGCCAGGACCUGGGGCCGCCCCCCGGAUUUGGGGAUGGGUUUGGGGGGGUUUGGGGGUCCCCUCCAUGUCCUCCAGGCCACAGCCCCCCCUUGGGGACCCCAAUCAGCCCUUACCAGGAUGGGGGUCCCUCACUGUCCCUCGUGUCCCCUGUCACCCCUUCCCAGGUAGCAAUAACCCCGCGCCCUGUAAUUAACCCUUAAUUAACUAACCGACCUUGUAAUUAACCCGGUGGGGGGACUGUGGCUGGGGCCUCGCUGCGGAGGGGUCUGGGGUGGUGACACGGGGUGUCCCCAAGGGACAGGGACAUGGGGGGUGCGGGGGUGUCCCCGUGUCCCUCCUGCCCCGUGUCCCCCCGGUCCCUGCCGCCGUUUCCUCCUUUUUGGUACUUUGCUGUCAAUUUUAUUAAAGGAGACAAAAAUGGG